GGGCAGCGCGCGGAGUCUGGCGGGAGGCGAUGGCGGCGCACGGCGAUGCGAGGCCGGUGCAGCUGGCGUACGACGUGGCGGCGGCCAGCGGGGAGGGAGCCACCCGCCCGCCCGUCGUCUUCCUGCACGGUCUCUUCGGGAGCCGGGCCAACUUCACGUCGCUGUCUCGCGCACUCGCCCAGCGCACGGGCCGCACGAUGGUAACGGUGGAUGCUCGUAACCACGGAGACAGCGCCCACGCCCCCACCAUGAGCUACACGGAGCAGAGUCUGGACGUGCGAGCGCUGCUGACAGGGGAGGGGGGCCCCCCGGUGAGGGUGGGGGCGACCGGGGUACGAGGAGCCGGAGGGGACCAGCGGGAGGCAUCGGGGCCCCUCCCCCCGCUGAGCCCCGCGGUCCUCGUGGGGCACUCCAUGGGGGGCAAAGUCGCCAUGGCAACGGCGCUGCAAUGGCCGGAGCUGGUGGCGGGCCUGGUGGUGCUGGACGUGGCUCCGGUCCUCACGCGAGGGUUCACUCCGUUCCGGGACUUCAUCGGCGCAAUGGAGCGCGUGUCGUUCGCGGGGGCGCAGGGCACGCGCUCGCAGGCGCGUGCCCUCGUGGACUCACAGCUCGCCCCGCGCAUACCCGACUCAACCAUCCGCCAAUUCCUUCUCACCAACGUGACGGAGCGGCGGGCCGCUGACGGUGGCGACGGCGCGCGGUUUGGCUGGCGCGUGAACCUGGAGGCCAUCGUGCGACACAUCGACUGCCUCUUUGAUUUCCCGCGGCCGGCCGAGGGAGCCUCCUACUCAGGGCCCACGCUCUUCAUCGGCGGCGGCGAUUCUCCCUACAUCAGCCCCGAGGACCUGCCUGUGAUUGCUCGCUUGUUCCCGGGGGCGCGAGUGUCCCACAUCCCCGGGGCCGGGCACUGGGUCCACGCGGAGCGCCCGGCGCAGGUGAUGUCGGCCCUCACCGCCUUCCUGCAGCCCAGCCGCCUCUCCCUGUGGGGGUGACAAUAGACACAGGUCCCCCAGGUAGCCUGUCCUACGCACGCACAGCGACACACGCGCACAGUGCGACGCGCACACACACACACGGUGACACACAAGCCCUCUCGUCGUGACAGCAGCCGUAGCAGAGCUACACAUUGUCACUGAGCUCCUGAACCACAUCGCUGCUCCUAUCAUCCGCAAGAGUAGAAUACAAAUGCGUUUUAGGCCACCAUCUAUAGACGCUCAUUUAUUGGGUGAAAACAUCUUAAUGUAGAGAGCACUGCAGAGCUCAGGCAACUGUUGGUGGCACCGGCUCACCGCGUGCUGCUGCUGCUGCCUUCCAGCUGGGUGGUUCCUCAGCGGUCGUGGUGAGUCGUACCAUUUGCAUGAACGACGAUGACGAUGAUUCUGGUGAAGAUAAAAAUUCUACAUCGUCAGCCUCUUGACUCUCCAGACCAACAUGACCUCAGCACAGUCGGGCCGACCAGACACCGAAGGUCAAAACCGGUCCCGAAUUUUGGUCGGUUGAACAAAUGCUGCUGGAUAAAGUUGGUCUUGAAAGCCGAUGAUUGGCAGAUUAACUGAACAUUUCCGUUCAGCUAAAAUGUUUUUUAAUCUAGCUAAAAACACACGUAAAAUGUAACUGGUGUUGGCCAAACAACUCAAUGCUGAGAGAUUACCUGCGAAUGACUUUUAUAUUUUCUUAUAGCUCAAGGCCCACUGAGCUGUAUAGCUCUUUUUCAGAAGCGGCCUGGCCACAAAUGAGAGCUCAGCGAAGUGGCUUAUCACGUGGACAUUGAUAGCAGUAGCCAAAUACUCUAAAUGCACUUUGAUUCU